AUGUAUAAUCCAAAACAUCCACUAGGAUCACUUCCACCUACACAACAAAAGCUUGAUCAGGCUAAAUCCAAGACAUUGAAACUGGAGACCACGCAGAUGGGAACAGCGGAAAGAGUGGAUAACCGUGAAUUCUCCGUUUUAGUACCUACAGGCUCAUUUAUGAGUCCCGCCGUAUGUCCUAGUGGACCUAUGUCUGUCUAUGAUCCGUUGGGUAUAAUAAAGGCAACCAAAUCCUCAACCAACUACACCGCCGCCUCCUUUACCAACAUUGUCAGCAGACAAGCAAACGGCCUCGAAGCCAGCCAUACCGAUGCAACUCAGGAACAGCCAGAGCUUAAGGUAAAGAGUAUCAAUGUCAGAAAUUUUAUCGCAAUCGAUGCAAAGCAUAUUGCCUACGACUUAGCCUACGUUUUACCGAUUUAUGAUAUUCUGCUUUCUGUCGAUUAA